AUGAUUUCUUCUUCAGGGGCGCUGGCAAGUCCGGAAGAUCGCCGGGGCGAGAGUAGGGGCGCGGAAGCUUCCGACGGUUAUGGUGGGGCAGAGAGAUGGUGCAUUGCAUUGCAUUGCAUCUCAAGAAGGAACAAACAAGAGCUACUACAAUAUAUUAUGCUGGGUCUGGAUGGAUGUUGUGGUGUAACUAGGGAGGGGGAGGGUGGCCUGGACUUGGGACUAUCUUGUUCUAAGCACUGCUAUUUAAGAAGGUUUUAA